AUGACUCAAAUCCGAAGAGAAGGACCAAAACCUCGAUAUCAAAACGACUAUGCCUUCAAACAUAACAAGGCUUCCAAAUUAACGACUAAAAUUUUGAGCACACCCAAUGUCGGACUAUGUAAGAGAUGUCAUGAUAUUAUUGAAUGGAAAAAGGCUUAUCGGAAAUAUAAACCUCUGACUCAACCAAGAAGAUGUAAUAUUUGUCAACAAAAAACGGUUACUCUGGCCUAUCAUGUCAUUUGUAAUAAGUGUGCCAAAGACAAUAGAAAAUGUGCAAAAUGUUUGGAACCCUAUGAUGAAAAAUUAGCAGCUGAUGAAAAAUUACUCGAAGAAAUCAAAAACUUGGAUGAACUGGAGCGAAAGAUGAGCCACAUGACUUUGAGACAACAACAUGCAAUCAUUAGAGAAGCUCAAAAAAUGGCAGAGCAAGACAAAUUAAAUGAUGCUGAUAAUUUGGAGCAAAAUGGAGAAUCAUCAUCCACCUCAAAAUCGUCGAGUGAGAAGAAGCAGGUUGAAGAAGAAUCAGAUGAAGAAUAUGACGAAGACGAUGACUUUGAUGACGAUUUGUAA